AUGCAGAUUCUUGUGGAGGAAGCCAGACCUUCCCUUUCUGCUUUCCUCUACCUGCUCACUGAUGGAGGUCAAGAGGAGGGCAGGGGAAUGCACUCACGAGUAGACUCCCGGGUCUCCACACCCAGCAACGCAGCCAACGUUCAGAUAAAUAAGACCGCCAGCAAGAAUUCAGACAGGCUCCCCCACAUUCUGGGCUUCUCUUUCCUGGUGGAUGCCAUCAGCUGUUCUGUUGCUAAGAAACCAGAGUGGAUGAACUCAUCUGCGUUUAUGUACGAUGAUCUUCGUGCACUUCCACUUUCAGUUGUGAGCACUGACUUACCCACUCCGCUUAUGGGUUCAGUUCCAGGCCCUGGGUGGGAGGCUGUGACCCUCAUGAGUGAGCAACACAGUAGCGCGGCCAUGGUCAUGGAGAGGCCAUCUUCCCGAAGAGGACAGAUGCCCAUGCGUUACAGCAGGACCGCUGCAGUAGAGGGAAGCAAGACCAACGUCCAGGGAAGAAGUUAUUCUCGGCACCCUGAAGUCAUCAUCUUCUGCCAGGAUGCUGCUGCUGUGCCAUUGCUGCAGAAUUUGGCUGAGUUAAUGACUGGUGGCUUCACUUAUGCACUCAAACUCAGACACAUGCAGAUAGGUGAAGAUGAGCUUUCUAUGAAGGACACAGUCAGAGGUCAAAGAUCAGAGGAACCCAUGAACUGUGUUGUCAAUAACAGUGACGUUGCCCAGAGAACAAGUAAUGUUCGUUCCACAUUUUUCAAAGACUGUUUAUAUGAAGUAUUUGAUGUCCUGGAGUCAAAGAUGGAAGAUUCUGGAAAGCAGCUGCUUCAGUCAGUUUUCCACUUAAUGGAAAAUGGAGCCCUAGUAUUAACUACCAAUUUUGAUAAUCUCCUAGAACUGUAUGCAGCAGCCCAGGGGAAGCAGCUUGAAUCCCUUGACCUUACUAUCCUGGAGUGGGCUCAAGAGAAGCAGAAGCUGAGUGUGUUACAAAUCCACGGGGUCUACACCUACCCUAGCGGCCUUGUCCUCCAUCCCGCUGGUUAUCAGAAUGUGCUCAGGAACACUGACGUCAUGAGAGAGAUUUAGAAACUCUAUGAAAACAAGUCAUUUCUCUUCCUGGGUUGUGGUUGCACUGUUGAUGACACGACUUUCCAGGCCCUUUUCCUAGAGGCUGUCAAGCAUAAAUCUGACUUAGAACAUUUCAUGCUGGUUCGGAGAGGAGAGGUAGAUGAGUUCAAGAAGCUUCGAGAAAACAUGUUGGACAAGGGAAUUAAGGUCAUCUUCUAUGGAAAUGACUAUGCUGAUCUUCCAGAAUAUUUCAAGCGACUGACCUGUGAGCUCUCCACAAGGGGAAAAUCAGCAGGAAUGGUGAAAGAAGGCCAGCUAAAUGGUUCAUCUGCAGCACAUGAUGAAAUAAGAGGCUGUAAUACAUGAGCAGGAUGAAGAAAUGACCAUGAUACCAUGCUGUGAGGCCUUCCUGUGGACAGUGUUUAACAAGCAGACUUACAAGAACCCAGCACAGCUCCCAGGAAGUACCAUUAUCCAGAAGUUGAAGUU